GAGAUACUUAUCUUAAUAGAACCAUUAGAAAAGGCUACAAAAUUAUUAUCCGCAUCUUCAUAUCCAACAAUUGCGGAUGUUCGAUUGGUAUUUGGCAGUAUUCAAGAAUAUCUUAAUAAUUAUGUAGAAAGUGAUGAAUCUAGUCAAUAUAUAUUAGCUGCCUCAAUUAAUGAAAAAAUUGGCGAAUAUAAGGAUAUAAUUGAUAAUGCAACAAUUGUUGCAACUAUUCUUGACCCGCAAACGAAGCUUUCACUAUUUGAAGUUGGACAGCAAACCUCUAAUGCAAUUGAUAAAGUUAGAGAAAUAUUUGGUCAAUAUUUUACAUUUAACGAAUCAACUCAACCACCACCUCAUAUUACAGAUGAU